AGAUAGAGAGGAAUGGGCAGUGAAUAGUAUUUUUGUUAUAGGAAAUAACCACUUCUUUGCAUAUAGUUUAUAGGUGUACUAUUUCAACAAUUAUAAAUAUUUAAUGGUGUCAAUGUCAUACUUGUGUCUUGAUGGUUGCAUUGAAAUAUUAUUGCCAAAGGUGUGGUGAUUUGUGUAUUCAACAACACAGGCUUUUCCCUCACAAAAAAUUGUUGUUUUGAUAAUUUCUGCCAAAGUUUAAGAAACUCUCAGUUUAUUUUUUCCUUAAUCAACAACAUAAACUUAACUGUCAGUGUAUUUUUUGUCUUUUAAAUUAGCCUAACUCUUAACAUCUGUUUAGCCUAGACCUAGCUAUUCUUGGCUUACCUAGAACUAUGCCUCCACUAAAAGAAAAUGCAAAUAAUAACAAUGUAUCUGGAACAUCAGUCAAAUCAACCUCACCCUCUCCUGCUCAAUGGUAUACAUUAUCAAAAAGUAAAGAUGGUUCAUCUGUAGACAAAGUUUAUUCCAAUCGAUAUUUUCCUGUAAAAGUUCUUCAAAAUCUUAAUAACCUACGACAAAACAGUAGAUUUUGUGAUGUUUCUAUUGUUGCUGGUGGAAAUGUGAUGAAAGUCCAUCGAGCUAUACUGUCUGCAAGCAGUCCUUAUUUCCAAGCAAUGUUCUCAAAUGGUUUGGUUGAAGAACAAAAAGAAACUAUAGAACUGCACUCUAUCCCUCCUCAGAUACUUAAUUUAUUAGUGGAUUUUAUUUACACAGGAGAGAUAACCAUAAACCAAGAUAACGUUCAAGACUUGAUAGUAGCAGCUGACAUGUUGGAACUUAACGAGGUGGUGCUGGGCUGUACAGAGUUCCUGAAGCAAGAACUUCACCACACAAACGCUAUUGGAAUUUACAGGUUUGCAGACGCGCACAACUGUGGUGACAUGCGAGCAACAUCUUUAGACUACAUACAGAACCACUUUCCACACAUCUGUUUGGAGGAGGAGUUCCUUGAUUUGCCCAAGGAUCAGCUGGUGUUUUUCCUUUCCAGUGAAUUGCUUAGGGUGGACAGUGAAUACCAGGUGUUCCAAGCAGCUUUGAGGUGGAUCUCGCACGAUGUUACGCAACGUAAACGCUACAUUUUCGAACUGCUGAAACACGUUAGGUUGCCCCUGCUAUCUGUGUGCCUUCUAGAGAAGACCAUCACCGAGUGUACGGAUACUAGCUUGAAGAUUGCACUGCGUAGUGUCCACAACGACCUGUUGACUCGCAAGGGUAACCUAGUGCCGCUGUCGGUGUUCCCUCGACUUUGCGCCAAGAAGGAUAUCUUUGUCAUCGGAGGGUCCAAGAGAGAACUUAUGAGUGCUUGGACACGAUCUUGCGAGUGCACAUUCGAGUCUGUCGAGCGCUUCGAUACGUUCAGAAGGAGGUGGUAUCAGGCAGCUCCUAUGGGGAUUGGUCGUAUUCUGCCCGGCGUCGCAGCGUUGAAUGGUAGAAUCUACGUGGUGGGAGGAGAACAAGAAUCUCAGAUACUUGCCAACGGAGAAGUCUACGACCCUUCGGAAGACUCGUGGACGCCAGUCGCUAGCAUGGUGGUGCCCAGAUGUGAGUUUGGUCUGUGCGCUCUCGGAGGGGAACUUUACGCAGUCGGAGGUUGGGUCGGCGAGGAUAUCGGUGGUUCAAUCGAAAGGUAUGAUCCAUCAUUGGACGAGUGGAUGCUGCACGGUGAACUGCCCGAACCUAGAUUCAGCAUGGGAGUCGUCUCUUACGAAGGACUGAUAUAUAUUGUAGGAGGCUGUACGCACAGUAGAAGACAUUUACAAGACCUGUUGUGUUUCAACGUAGUGACGGGAGAGUGGCAGAAUCUCGCGCCGAUGUUAGUCCCCAGAUCUCAGAUGGGGGUGGCUGUGUUAGAUGGAUAUCUUUACGUCGUCGGAGGAACCAACAAACAGAACGAAGUGUUGCACAGUGUGGAACGAUAUUCGUUUGAACAGGACAAGUGGUGUGAGGUUGCUCCAAUGAAGGUCGGCCGAGCAAGCCCUGCCGUGGCGGCUGCGGAUAGUCUACUCUACGUUAUUGGAGGUGACCAGACUCACGAGGUGAACUUCUACCGAGCUCAGAUCACAAUCGCGGACGUUGAAUGCUACGAUCCCCUCUCAAACAGCUGGACGGACUGUCCGCCCCUACCGGAGAGUCGAAGCGAGGCCGGAGCAGUUGUUAUUUGAUAGGCUAACACCAAAAAACUUUGCAGACUGAGUGUACAUAGGUGCGAAUGAGAGUGUGUUAAUUUAUUGUCGUUGAGGGGAAGCCAAAGAUUAUGUAAAUGUUAUGCUUUGUUGUCUUUUGUUAAAAUACUCAAAUUUUAAAAGACAUGCCUAUAAAAAAGUAUGACAUCGUCACUUUAGCUUCUAAAUUCUUAGGGAUCACAACGUCGAUAUGCCAAAUUUAUCUCACGGUUAAGUUGUGGUUUAGAAUGAAAUAAGCUUAAUUUAGUCAUGCUACCGCCAGAUUGUGCUGAUGUAGGGUACCUACUGAUUUCUUCCUUUUACAUCGACUCAAAUGAUAAUAGUUUUGCAAACAAUAGCUUUUUCACAUCAUUGUAUCGAGAAACUAAAGCACAAAAUAUAACUCUGUAAGUAGUACACUCUACGAGGCACUUAUUCAAAUAGGCCUAUGUUGUUGGAUAAAAAACUGGUUAUAAAUUUUCUACCUCAUUUUUUGUUGCUGAGAUAUAGGAUGUGACAUGAAAGAUUAUAUAGCUUUAGAAUAAGUUAUCCUACUAGUUUGACUUGGUUUAAAAAUCUGCAUGCGACAGAAAUAAGUAUUUUACUUCAGCACAAUCUGUUGGUGAUUCACUUCAACUUUUAUUUUUAUAUUGAUGACAACCUUCAUCAAGAUGGAGUGCCUAGUUGUAUUGAUAGUCAAAGGUUACACUCUUUUAUAACUGCUUACUGUCAGUUGUAACCAAGAUGUGCUAGACAAAUGUCAUCCAGUUCAGUCAUGUGUUAGACAAACUUAAAACAAACGUGUAAGUAUCCAAUCAUAUCAUAGCAUUUUAAAGUAAACCGCAAGUCUAUUGGUAUGAUGGGAAUUCUUUCUUGGGUUGAAAACGGUAUUACAAUUUGCACAUGUAAUGAGGACCUCGGCUUCUAGUUAGCCGUGCUUUUGUUAUACGUUUAUUUGUGUAACUUAUUUUUAAACCUUGUCUUUGACACAGGAAAACGUCGUAAACAGUAUAGGCUGUUUAGUCUAAUGCAAAACUGAUAGAAGUUUUGUAAAUUCCCUCUCUAUCGAAUAAACUGAGAUUGCAAUUGGCAGUAAGCAGUUUUAGUAGGUAUAUUUGCCAGCAGUCUGCAAUUUUCUCUAGAUUUAAACAAAUUCUUCAUACAUGAGCUCAAAACACGAUCGUUCCAAAAAUUGCUAGUGUAUUACAAAAUGAAUGAUAUUACAGUACAUGUUAUUUCUGUGUUAAUAUGAUCUUUAGUCCUUAAAAUUUCUAAAACACCAUUCAUACUUAAAUUAAAGGUAUUUAGUUGUACUUGUCCUAUUGAAUAAUUUAUUUACAAACAAAAACUGAA